AUGCUUCACUCCCUUGUCCGCCGCCAUGCACUUCUUCCACCCAUGCAGCUAUGUCGCGUCUUCUUAUGCACAGGCACUUCCGCCUCCUCCGCUGGCGGCACUGCUUCGCCCGAUCCCCACUUCAUGGUCGAGUACCUCGUGGAUACAUGCGGGUUCUCCGCCGACGGUGCUUCCAAGGCCUCCAAGUUGCUCCCUCGUAUUCAGUCCACCGAGAAGGCCGACGCCGUUCUUGGAUUCUUCAGAUCUCAGGGCAUUGACGGUGCUAAUCUGAGAAGGAUAAUAGCCUGGAAACCAGCAUUGCUCGGCUGGGAUGUGGAGACUAACCUCGCUCCAAAGUUUAAGCUUUUGCGCGAAAUGGGAUUAUCUGAAUCCGACAUCAUCAGUGUCCUUCGGGUGCACCCUAUCGUUAUCGGCUACAACAGCCAGACCACGCUUCUCCGCAGAUUCAAGAUUUGGGAAAGUUUAUUUGGAUCAAAGGAGAUCCUCCUCAAGAAUCUCCGGAGCAGUGGAUGGUUUUUUAGCAGCAACAUUGAGAAUGUAGUGCACCCCAACAUGAACUUCUUACGGGAUGAAUGUGGUAUUCCUGAAGACCGGAUUUCUCUUGCCAUUCAAAAGCACCCCAGCUUCAUCUCGCAGAAUCCAUAUGCCCUCCGGGCUCUAGUAGAUAGAGCUGACGGGAUUGGAAUUCCCCGAGAAUCUGGUAUGUUCCUCUGGAUCCUUUUUGUGCUGCACGGGGUAAGCAAGGAAAAAUUUGAGGCCCACGUUAAGCUCAUGAAUAAGUUUGGUUUGUCGAAAUCAGAUUUGCUUACUGCAGUCAAGAAGCAUCCAACUUUUUUAAGGCUUUCCACAGAGUUAUUGCAGGGAAAGAUGGAAUUUUUGGUCAAGGAUGUUGGGAUUGCACCUUUAGACAUUGCUUACCACCCGAAGCCUUUAGGAUUAAGUUUGGAAAAGAGGUUGAUUCCUCGGUUUCGUGUGAUGGAGAUAUUGAAAUCUGAAGGCUUAUGGAAGUCAACAAACAAGCUACAUAUAUUUUUCUCAUCAUCUGGCCCAAAUUUUUUGCAGAAGUAUGUGCUCCCUUACAAAGAUAAAUUACCCAAACUGCUUGAAGUCAUGUGA